GGUGCGGCCCCCGCCCCGCCGCUCCCGGCGCUCCCUCCCUUCUUCCCUCCCUUCCCUCCCUUCCCUGCCGCGCUCCGCGGAUGCGCUGGAGCCUCCGUGCCCCCACAGACUUGGAUUGUCUGGCUAAUAAACGAACAUGAGUCAUCUGAAGUUGUUUGCAGCUGUGCUGAAGAGGCAUGGCUUUAAACUUUUGGAAAAGCAGGAUAUAGCCAGAAGGGCAUUUUUACAUGGCCAACGGUAUGUUUCAUCAGGAGCCUCACAGCCAUCCCUGAGUGGGAGUAAUUCCAAUUACAUGGAGGAAAUGUACCAUGCAUGGCUUGAAAACCCUAAAAGUGUACAUAAGUCCUGGGAUGUGUUUUUCCGAAGUGCUAACACUGGCCAAGCAACCCAUCUACCAGCUCAGCUGGAAGGAAAGGGAUCAUUUCUGCAGAGCCACGGCCUGGCCCCAGCACCAGGGACAGCUGAAAAGGUUGUUGAAGAUCACCUUGCUGUGCAGUCAUUGAUAAGAGCAUACCAAAUCCGUGGCCAUCAUGUGGCUCAGCUAGAUCCCCUUGGAAUUCUGGAUGCAGAUUUGGAUUCAUUUAUUCCAUCUGACCUUAUUACCACAAUCGAUAAACUUGGGUUUUAUGGUUUGCAUGAAUCAGAUUUGGACAAAGUCUUUCAGCUGCCGACAACCACGUUCAUAGGAGGAAAUGAGAACAGUCUGUCUUUGCGAGAGAUCAUCAAACGCCUGGAGCAUACCUACUGCCAACACAUUGGCCUGGAGUUUAUGUUCAUCAACGAUGUGGAGCAGUGCCAGUGGAUCCGUCAGAAGUUCGAGACGCCGGGAAUCAUGAAGUUCUCAAACGAGGAUAAAAGGACUUUGCUGGCAAGGCUGGUGCGCUCUAUGAGGUUUGAAGACUUCCUUGCUCGCAAGUGGUCUUCUGAAAAGAGAUUUGGUUUGGAAGGAUGUGAAGUAAUGAUUCCAGCACUUAAGACUAUCAUUGAUAAAUCCAGUGAAAUGGGAAUUGAAUAUGUUAUAAUGGGAAUGCCUCACAGAGGUCGGCUGAAUGUAUUGGCUAAUGUAAUCCGAAAAGAGCUGGAGCAGAUCUUCUGUCAGUUUGAUCCCAAACUUGAAGCAGCUGAUGAGGGAUCUGGAGAUGUAAAAUACCACCUGGGAAUGUACCAUGAGAGGAUCAACCGAAAAACAAACAAGAAAAUCACUCUGUCCCUGAUGGCUAACCCUUCUCACUUGGAAGCAGUUGAUCCUGUUGUGCAAGGCAAGACAAAAGCUGAACAGUUUUAUCGAGGGGAUACGGCAGGGAAAAAGGUUAUGUCCAUAUUAUUGCAUGGGGAUGCUGCCUUUGCAGGACAAGGAGUGGUUUAUGAGACAUUUCAUCUUAGUGACCUCCCAUCUUACACUACAAAUGGCACUAUCCAUGUUGUGGUCAACAACCAGAUUGGCUUCACCACAGACCCCCGUAUGGCCCGUUCAUCUCCAUAUCCCACUGAUGUUGCUCGUGUGGUCAAUGCUCCCAUUUUCCACGUGAAUGCUGAUGACCCUGAAGCAGUGAUGUACGUGUGCAACGUAGCUGCAGAGUGGAGAAACACUUUCAAUAAGGAUGUGGUUGUUGACUUGGUUUGUUACCGUAGGAGAGGGCACAACGAAAUGGAUGAGCCCAUGUUCACCCAGCCUCUGAUGUACAAGCAGAUCCAUAAGCAGGUGCCGGUGCUGAAGAAAUAUGCUGACAAACUGAUUGCAGAUGGGACUGUGACGCUGCAGGAGUUUGAGGAAGAAAUUGCAAAGUAUGAUAGAAUAUGUGAAGAAGCAUAUACUAGAUCUAAAGAUAAUAAGAUCCUGCAUAUCAAGCACUGGCUGGAUUCACCUUGGCCUGGCUUCUUUAACGUGGAUGGAGAGCCCAAGAGCAUGUCUUGUCCUCCAACAGGCAUUUCAGAAGAGCUGCUGACUCACAUUGGCAAUGUUGCUAGUUCAGUGCCAGUCAAAGACUUCAAAAUACACUCAGGACUCUCUCGGAUUUUGAAAGCCCGCUUGGAAAUGACCAACAACAGGCUUGUUGACUGGGCCUUAGCAGAAUACAUGGCUUUUGGCUCUGUUCUCAAAGAAGGGAUACAUGUCCGACUAAGUGGCCAGGAUGUGGAGAGAGGUACUUUCAGCCAUCGUCACCAUGUGCUUCACGAUCAAGAAGUUGACAAGAGAACUUGUGUUCCCAUGAAUCACCUCUGGGAGCAGCAGGCCCCCUACACCGUGUGCAACAGUUCUCUCUCCGAGUACGGGGUCUUGGGUUUUGAACUUGGCUUUGCUAUGGCGAGUCCCAAUGCUCUGGUGUGCUGGGAAGCCCAGUUUGGGGACUUCCACAACACGGCUCAGUGUAUCAUAGACCAGUUCAUCAGCUCCGGCCAGGCCAAGUGGGUUCGGCACAACGGGAUCGUCCUGCUCCUGCCACACGGGAUGGAAGGAAUGGGUCCAGAGCAUUCAUCAGCCAGACCUGAGAGGUUUCUGCAGAUGAGCAAUGAUGAUUCUGAUGCCUAUCCAGAGUUCACUGAGCAGUUUGAAGUUUCCCAGCUAUAUGAUUGCAACUGGAUUGUGGUGAACUGUUCAACUCCAGCCAAUUACUUUCAUGUCCUCCGAAGGCAGAUCUUGCUGCCAUUCAGAAAGCCGCUGAUUGUUUUGACACCCAAGUCACUGCUGAGGCAUCCAGAAGCUAAAUCCAGUUUUGAUGAAAUGGUGCCUGGUACCACUUUCCAACGUGUGAUUCCUGAGAAUGGGCUGGCAGCUCAGGCACCACAUGAGGUCAAGCGAGUGAUUUUCUGUACAGGAAAAGUCUACUAUGACCUUGUGAAAGAGAGAAAGAACCAAGACCUGGAGAAACAAGUAGCUAUAACCAGACUUGAACAGAUCUCACCAUUCCCCUUUGACUUGCUGAAAGAAGAACUUGAUAAGUAUCCAACUGCUGAUCUAGUCUGGUGUCAGGAGGAGCACAAAAACAGUGGAUAUUAUGAUUAUGUCAAACCUCGUUUCCGCACUAUUGUGAACCACACUCGACCCAUCUGGUAUGUUGGCCGAGAGCCUGCUGCUGCAGCUGCCACAGGCAACAAGAACAUGCAUCUGGUGUCACUCAGAAGGUUCUUGGAUACAGCUUUCAACCUGGAGGCCUUUGAGGGAAAGACAUUCUAACUGUAGGGCCCUGACCUGUCUCUGACUGGUAGUCUCUCAAAACACCUGCAUCCAGAAGGAAAGUGGGGAGAAUACUGAAAAUUAUGUAUUUUUGCUUUAUCAAAUAAAAGGAUCCAGCAGCUGACUUCAUUACUCUGUAUCUUGCUCCCUAGUUUAUAAGCAAGAAACAAUUCCAUCUUACCUUCCACCAUUUUUUGUCACUUGUCUAUUUAAAUUGGCACCUCUUUGACACAAGAAGCUUCUCCUAUCCCAGGAUGCAGUGUGUGGCUCAGUGAGGCUCAUACCUCAGUCUGUGGGCACUGUCUGAUUACUGUAAGUACAGCAGGCAUGGACAGCACCAUGGACAUGCACACAAGAGGCAUUACCACAAGGAAAAGAAAUUGCUUAUUUCUGUCUAUGUAUCAGAGAAGAGUAAUGAAACUGAAAAGCAGAGUUGGUAGAUGGCUUUGGUAGAGAAAUGUACCAGCUGUGUUUGUUGGAAGGAGAUAGUGAGAUAACCUGGAGAUGUGAGGAGGAGGCUGGAAACAGGGAGUCACAAAGUUGUUCUACUGGAGGAUAACAGUAAGUAGUGUGAACCACUUAGGAGGUCAAGAAGGGCAGAAAUAAAAGGGACCAAGAAAAGGUUGUUUGGGUAUACUUGAAGAGGGUAGAAGUGUACAUGAGACCACAGCUGACAGACCAAUGGGUGAUCACCAGGAGAAUUUAGCAUCAAAUGACUUCAGAAGUAAGAGGUGCUCCCACUUCCUGGGCUGCCUGCUUUCAUGCUGUGUGGUAUUAGGGAGCUUUGGGAUCCUGUAAACAUCCUUGUUUUGGAUGAACAGUCUUUCCCUCGCUGUACUACUAAGGUCUGCUUUUCUUUGACCAUUCCAAGAUUAUGUUUGGAUAAGAAAUCUGUUUUUGCAACAAGUAGUAGGUUUUCUGCUUUGUCCAGUGCUAUUCCCUACCUCAUAUCACUUUGCUGAUACUAAUCCAGCUAUGAAACGUCUAUUCCUGAUUUACUCACCCUUUUUUUUAGAGGAAGGUGGGCAAACAACAGCUUCUGAUUUACCAAAGGCACAUGCUGUGGUUUUGCACAAGUAGUAAUUAAUUUUUUUUUGGUCCCUUACGUUUAUCUGUCAAUUGGGAUCUCAAUUGCCAUGUACUUUCAGUACGGACAUAAAAGUGAACCACCUCAAGGGCUGCUCUGUGUCAGGGGGCUGAUGUACAGCAAGUGCUGGAGGGGAGAGAGCAGCAGGGGCUGUUUCUCUUGCUGUGGAGUAGUGUUUGGCUUCUGGGGAGGCACUGCAUGGCAGGGUAGUCUGAGGACCAUCACUUGUGUUCUUCCACAGCGCUAGAAGGCAGGUGAGCCCAGCUUUCCUCUCCUUUCUUGACAUAAGAGCUGGUAUUGUCAGAAGUCCUGUUCCCUCUGCCCCAGGAGAACUUGGCUCUGAGUGGACCUUGUGACUGCAGGUUUCUGCAGCACUAACCUAUGCAGUGGCAGGAGGAUUUUUCCCCUCUUUGUACUGGCUGGCAGAAGGAAUGGUGAGGUGAGCAGUGUCAGUGGGGUGCAGAGGGAUGGCUAUGCCCGUGCUGGGGCAGGGAGCUGGAAGGAGCUGCACAAAGGCCCUGUGUCCCAGCAGUGCCCUGAGGGUCAGGCUGGAUGUCCUGAGCAGCCACCUGGAGACAGCAUAACAAGUGACUGGAAAACACGGCCAUGAGGCUUCACCUCAUCUCCACUUCCCUGUCCUGAGCAUGCUCCUUGGACAUGCUUUUGCUCUGGGAGUCUGUUUUGUCCUGCUGCUGCUGUAUGGACUGUGACAUAAGGAAGCAUGGUAGUUUAUGUCUGAUUCAGAGAGUUGGGUGAUGCUGGAAAGCUUCUUGUCUCAUCAAAAUAAAAAGCUGCAAUUAAAAACUUUAGCUAUGAUCAGGUACUACAUACCCAGGCAGGUUUCCAAAUAGGCCUGUGUGCCUUGUAUUGUCCUUUUAUUUUGCUUGGAUAGGCCACGAUGGUGAAGAAAUAAUCCUGUCAGAGCAUAGAAUUGAUGUGAUAAGGUACUUACCAUGGCAUCCAGAACUGAACUUAGUCUAAUGUUUGUGAAACUCUGUAGCAUCCUUUUAAAUCAGGCUGCUUGCCCUGGGCUUGUUUCUCUAACUCAAUGUUUCUCUCACUGAAACAGCUAAUUCAGUCUUUGAAAACCUAAUAAACUUGGAAAGUACUGCAGUUGACAGCCACAAAUAACAUCUCCUGUCCAUUUCUAUAGCUCAAAACAUUAAGCUGAUAGAGAGUAACCAUCACCCAAAGUAUUUUAAUGCUUUUAUAAAUGCUUGUUUCUUUAGCAAGACUUGAGUGCAGCUAAAUAUUGCUGUAUUCUCAGUUUGCAUAAGGCAGUCAGUGCUGCAUGAAAUAUGAUAAAUGCACUUUUGCCACAGUAUAUGCAGAGGUAGAAAACAAAAUUAACAUAGGAAUGUAAAUGGUAAAUGAUAGAUUUUCAUUCUCAUUGUGUAUCAUAGAUUGUGGCAUAAUAGUUGCAUAAAAAUUCCAUCAAAGAUGUAAAAAAAUGCAAUAAAAUAAAAGUACAUAAGAAGAAAA